UGUUCUUCAAGGUUUAAGGCUCUGCCCACUGUGAGCUCCUUUUUCUAAGAUUUUGAAGGCUUCAUGCAUUCUCCGUGGCGAUCGAGGAUAUAAUUUUGGGGAAAUUAAUCAAGAAUUCUUUUCUUUUUAAUAAUUUAAACCCAGUGAAAUCGAAAGAGUUUGUGACAUGUUUCACUGUGACUUUGGUGAAGCCUCGAAUUUGAUCUCACGCAGUCAAAUUUGAACUCUGGUCCUGUUAUUUACGGAUAAUAUCAGCACGCAGGAUUUUUAAAAACAAAGGUCAUCAGACAUGUCUGCAGGAACAUGCAUAUUUUUUUGCUCGAUUCUGCUGCUUGCUGGCGUCUUUGUGUCCGUGUCUGCAGAGCACAAAAGCAUCCCAGUUCAGUCUGGACAGAACGUCAUUCUACCAUGUCAAGCUCCAAAUGAUAAGGGCUCCAUCAGAGUGGUAAAGUGGACCAAACCUGACCUACAAAAGAAAAUAGUACAUUUGUAUGUGGAUCGGCGAUUUGAUCUCGAGGAUCAGAAUCCAUCUUUUAAGAACCGGGUGGAUCUGCAGGACAGAGAGAUGAAAAAUGGAGACGUGUCUUUGAUUCUGAAGGAUGUGACGAUUGAUGAUGCUGGAACAUACGAGUGUAGUGUUACCCAGAAAAAAGACCUCAGCCCUUACAUCACCACCAUAACUGUUGACCUGGACGUUAUUAAUUCUGAAGGUCAGACAUCCCUACCAGUGGAACGAAGUGUAAGUGGUUCUGUUGGACUGGUCAUUGGUCUGUAUCUUCCUGUUGUGCUUCUCGUUGUUGCUUUUGUUUUUUAGCUACAGAAAAUGUAAAGAAAUCAGUCAGUGUUCAAACCAACCUCAGUUUUUUUGUGUUUUUUUUGUUAAUGAAAACAAGAAAACAAAAAUGAUCUGAGGACAGACGAACAUUAAAGAUGGGGAACAUUCAGCUGCAGACCUGCGUCAGACAGGAGGAUCUGUUGGACUGAUUGUUGGUCUGACAGUUUCUGGUCUGCUUCUUCUGGCAGUUGUUUUUUUUUUAUCCACAGAAGAUAUAAACAACAACAAAAUCAGGGUCCAUACCACCCUCCUACUGGAAAGUAGUAGGUUGAAAUUUUUCCAGAGAAAGGAAGAUGAUGAGAUGACAGACAUUUUUAAUGCUUAACAUCCAGCAGGCCAUAUCAAAUGUUAAGUUCUUGAUUUUACAUUUUAAAUGUUCAGUUUCUUGUGGUUCCAUCUGUUGGACUGACAGUUGGUCUGUCUGUCUUCUUUUUACUUUUGAGGGGUUAAAAGAAACGAGUCAGAAUCUGCACAAGCUCCCCAGAGCAGAGUAAAAUAAGUUGGCUAAGUUAGUCAUAAAAAGAUCAACAUUCUAAACCAACCACUUUGAAAACAGUUUAUUUUGUUCCUGCUAUAUUUUUUGUUUUACAUUUUCUAAAUUAUGAUUAUCUUUACAUUUACUUUUGCAUAAGAACAAAGUCUGACUGUCAAGAAGUCCUGCACUAUAAUCCACUAAAGUCUCAAUUUCAUUGUUCCUGUUUAUAAAAAGCAGGAAAAAUCCAUAAAUAUGUUUAAACAUUUAUGCUCCAGUACUAAAACAGUCAGUGUUCAAACCAAGCUCAGUUUUAAUGAAAACAAAGAUGAUCUGAGGACAGGCAGACUUUAAAGAUGUUGAACUUUCAGCUGCACAUUUCAAAUAUCUAAAAUUUUUUAAUGUUUUUCGCAUUUCUCUCAAACAUCAUGUCAAGUCUGCCUGCAGCUUUAUGACCUACAGUUUUUGUCCACCUUCAGUAUUUUAAUAUGUUUUGCUCACACCAAGUUAAACUGUAUUACGCAGGAACAUUACUCUAUGUUCUGCUGUGUUAGAAUCAGUGAGCAGAGUUUAUAAUCUUUUUAAAAUAUCGUUUAUAUUUCUGUCAUGCUUUUGUGGUUCACUUAGACCCAAACCCAUUGUACAUAUAUGCAUAUUAUGUUGUGUUUUUCUAAUUAAAUAUCCAGUGUCGAGUAUGUUGCACUGUUUGAAUCAGUGAGUGUUGGUUUCAGCUUAAGGUUCAGCAGCUGUUUGUGACAUCUGGAUGGGUUUGACUCAUCAUGUUCAGUCAGCAUACAUACAGAUGCUCACAACACAGACACAAAAGCAUGUCACCGUGUGUGGAAAAAUCACUGUGGAUUAUAGAAGGUGAUAAUAUGACAGCCACAGGACUGGCCGUGCUUUCCUUCUCGGUUUUGUGUUUUCAUCUGUGUAACAUAAGUAAAGUUGCAUAUUUGGGAACACCUCAUUGGUUUUGGUGUGAUUGUUGGUUUAGUUAGUUCCCUUCACACACCAAUGACUUAGGCUGUGGUGU